UCUGCACUCCCUGUAUAUGUGUUCCAGUGACCGUGAGCAGUGGCAGCGAGAGCAGGCCCUUGGAGACUUCCGCUCUGGCAAAUGUUCUGUCCUGGUGGCAACCUCUGUAGGUGCCCGUGGACUCGAUAUUCCAGAUGUGCAGUUCGUGGUGAACUUUGACCUCCCAAACAGUAUCGAUGAAUAUGUCCAUUGUAUUGGUAGAACCGGCCGCUGUGGCAACACCGGGAGGGCAGUGUCCUUCUAUGAUCCAGGAGCUGACAGUGAGUUGGCUCGAUCACUGGUCACAAUCCUGUCCAAGGCCCAGCAGGAGGUUCCCUCGUGGUUAGAGGAGUCUGCGUUCAGCGGCCAUAGCCCCUCUGGCUUUAGCCCACCUAGGAAGCGUUUUGCCUCCACAGAUUUGAGGAAGGGUCCACAGGGAGGCUUUUUCCAGGACGGCAGUGUAACGAGCCAGCUGGCAGCACAGACGGCUGCUGACGAUGAAGAAUGGGAGUGAGAGCAGCGCAGUCACACAGCAAUGAUCCCAGUUUUCUA